GAGCUAUGUGGAUUUCCAUCGAGCUAAGAUGGUUUGUUCCUACUGGUAUUCUGGUUCAAAACAAACAGUUCACCGGAAAAGCGGAACUCCAUGGCUAAUGCUUUUUCCAGACGACGGUGGUUGCUUGCUUUGCAAUCCAUACGAAAAAGCGGUUUACAAGACAAAGAGAGACUGUUCAGGGAGUCGAUUCCUGGCAAGCUGCGGUAAAUGGUUGUUGAUGCUAGAUUCUCGAUCCAGAUUAUAUAUUAUACAUGUGUUUAGUGGGAAUAGGAUUGAUCUUCCUCCAUUAGAGUCGCUUUUAUCGAACUACUCUGCUCUGAAGCGUAUGGAAGAUAGAGAUAAGGAGUUUGAAUUUGAAUCUACUAAUGGCUCUUAUUACUCAUUAUAUGCGGAUGAAAUCAGGGGACAUCUUGUGGGUAGACGAGGAGACGAAAGAGUUGGCUUUAGUGUGGAAAUUAACUGGCCUUGUUCUUGGUCUUGUUCUUCGGGUUACCGUCUAUACAUCUUAACGUCUCGUCGUUCCGUUCGAGUCAUAGAUUUUUCUGGGCAGCAAGGUUUGGAAGAACUCACUGGGAGUGACACAUCCCCAAUGUUUUCUCCUCUUGGAUAUAGUUGUUAUUUUAGCAUCGCGGUUACCACAGCCGGAGAGGUUUUGUUGGUCACAACCACAACCUCUGAAAUGGUCUUCUGCUUCUGUAUCUACAAGAAGGCUCCUAAUGCUGACCCAGAGGACCAAAUUGCCCGAUCUUGCCUGCUUCUCGACUUGGGUAUUACAGUAUUACUGUGCCUGCUAACCAUGCCCUUGGUAUCCAACCAAACACAAUCUAUUUUACGAGCUCCGUCACAACUUCUCCGCCGAUGAUAUCUGCCAUGGGAUUGGGAAGGCCGAUGAGAAACAGAGAGAUAAGUGGAGAGAAGAAAAGGUAAGUAGGAGG